CUUAAGACGUUUUCAAAGAUUUCAAUUGCAUUUCGUGCGCUAUUUAUUUACAAGUAUUUUUAUUUUUUGAAAGUUCAUUUGUGCUGAAGUCGGUUUUAAGUACUCGUGCUUUUAUAUUUUUUAUACAGCUGUUGCCACUAUUUCCACUGGCUUUCAGGCUUUCAAGUUCACACGCUAAUAGUUAGAAUCAAGUCAAAUACAAAGUCCAAAGCAAUAAUAGUAGAUGCACAUGUAAUGAUAGAAAAAAAGUAAUAUUUAAUUAAUUAAUUGUGUAUGUGUAACCAAUCGAAACACAUUCAAAGUGUAGCAAAUAAGUUUUAGUGAUUUUUGUAUUUAAUAUUUUUAACAUUUUGCUUAAAUAAAAUUCGUAAGAUAUUUGAGCUCGACAAAUGAAUUUGGGCGGGGAUAAAUCGUUCAAAAUGAAAAUGCGUGAUGUGGAAAAUGCUUUCAAAUAUCGGAGAAUACCAUACCCAAAGAGAUCCGUUGAACUCAUCGCUAUUUUAGCAAUUUCCUGCACAUUUUUUCUUUUUAUGCAUACAAAUAAACUUAAUAGUCGCCUCAAAGAGAUGGAAAUCAAAUUGCAGCCUUCGGAGUUCUCAGCACUCGGCUUAACCGGUAACCAUAUUAAUUCAAGGGAGUCAUCAAGACGUGAUAAUAUUAACACACUUCAUGGCACCUAUCAAUACUUAAAAAGUACCGGCCAGAUGCAAUUGCUAAACGCGCAGGAAUUGAAUAAUACGAGAAAAGCAGAGUUGGAUUUAGUUUUCUUUAACCGAGUACCAAAAGUUGGUAGUCAAACAUUUAUGGAACUACUACGUCGUCUUUCGGAGCGCAAUAAUUUUCAAUUUCAUCGAGAUGCUGUACAAAAAGUCGAGACAAUUCGUUUGGCCGACGAUCAACAACAAGAACUGGCCGAGGUGAUAACUGACUUGCCAGAACCUUCGGUUUUCAUCAAGCAUGUUUGCUAUACAAACUUUACCAAAUACAAUUUACCCACACCGAUUUAUGUGAAUGUUGUAAGAGAUCCAAUUGAGCGUGUGAUAAGUUGGUUUUACUAUGUGCGAGCGCCUUGGUAUUUUGUUGAACGCAAAGCUGCUUUUCCCGACUUACCACUACCGCAUCCGGCAUGGCUGAAGAAAGAUUUCGAAACUUGUGUGCUAUCGGGCGAUCAGGAAUGCACCUAUACCCAGGGUGUGACGGUUGAGGGCAUCGGCGAUCAUCGCCGACAGAGUCUAUUCUUUUGUGGUCAUGCAUAUGAGUGCACACCUUUUAAUACGAUUGGCGCACUGGAGCGCGCAAAAUUCGCCGUUGAAAGCCAGUAUGCUGUUGUUGGCGUUUUAGAAGAUAUGAAUACUACCUUAUCGGUGUUUGAAAAAUAUAUACCACGAUUCUUUGAAGGAGUACGAGAGAUAUACCAAAGUAGCGCCGAGUACUUAACAAAGAUCAACAAGAAUAACUUCAAACCACCAGUGAGCGAAAAAGUGAAAGACAUUGUGAGACAUAAUUUUACAAACGAAAUCGAGUUCUACCAAUUCUGUCUUCAACGGCUACACAAACAAUUUCUCGCUACGCAUAUUCCACAGAAAAUUUUGGCGCCUUAAAAACAAUUAAAUGGACGAGGAUGAUUUGUUGUUAUUGCAUUGUUGUACACUUUAUAUUGUGCAUAGCUGAAUGUCAGAUUUCCAGUGAGAUUUCGCAACGACAGAAAGAACAAAUUUUGAUCAAUUUACAUGGCUGGAUUUUAUGAAGUUUUGUGUGUUAAUUUUCAUUUAUUUGUUUACAUAAAUUACCAGUAUUAUAGUAAAUUUAGUACUAAAUUUCGAAUUCAUUAUUUUUCAUGCAUACGUUACAUUAAAAAUAAAUCAUAAAUUUAUCCUAUUCAGAGGCAGUAUGUAAAGGUACUUAAAGCGUUUACUAUACAAGGUAUAAUCUUCCACAAUUAACACAUAUGGACAUACAUAUGUGCUUUGUUAAAAAAAAAUUGAUGCAAAAUUUCUAGUCACAACUCAUAUAUACAUACAUAUACAUAAAUGUAUACAUAGCUAUGAAAAAUACUCGUGCGUGGUUUAGUUGUCCGAUUAAAGCUAUUUUGAAAGCCUUAGACGAGAGAGUUUUUAUUCAAGUAAAAGUGGACAGUUGUUUAUGUUACGUAGCAUAUGUAUGUGAAAUGUGAUUUUUAACUAAUUAAAAACAAUAUCUAAAUAUAAAUAUAUGUAUGUACAUCUUUACAUAUGCAUAUCAGCAGAUGCAAAUUUACGUGUCUGUGAACUUUUGACAAAACCACUUAUUUUAUUUGGCUUCAGCAGUUUUUCUUUUAGGUCAAUAAAUUCUUCUCUUAAAUAAGUUUUUUUUUAAGACUCCACAUAUAUGUA